AUGGCCUUUGAUGUGAGGACCUAUGAGGUCAUCCCUAGCAGAAAUGCUGAGCAAUCACCUCAGCACCCAGACAGCUCAUUCAUGGCCAGAGUAAGGGGUGCUAAAUCUGUAGCCAGUCAAUGGUAACUGCUGCAGCCAGGUGCCUGGAGGCGGGCUGGAGAGGGAGCCAAGCCAGAUGGGGACGGCUCAGAGUCUCUGGCAGCCAGAAGCAGCUGGAAAGAGGGACGACGGAGUGUGAGGAGGCUGGAGCCUGGUGGGCCAUUCAGAUCCUGUCUGGUACCCCUGAUGAUGUAGCAGAGAUAGGCUGACAUUAACCCAGGCUUUCAUGAGCAAUUCAUCUGCCGCCCUCAGGAGAACAGUUUCGCCUCAGAAGAGCAAGGAGAAGCUGGAAGUAUGGCAGGAAAGCCCCCUAAGAAGUCCUCCAUCCCUGGCGUGAGCAUCCGGCAGCUGGUGGACGAGAUCCCUGAGGGCUGCAGCACACCAGAUUUCAAGCAGAAACCUGUCACCUUGGCUCUCCCAGAGGGAAAGAAUGCUAUCUUUCGGGCGGUGGUCUGUGGGGAGCCCAGGCCUGAAGUGCACUGGCAAAGCACCAAAGGGGAUCUCCGCAACUCCAGCAAGUACUGGAUCUCCUCUGCUCCUGGUGGCGAGGAGCACGUGCUGCAGAUCAACAAGCUGACUGGAGAGGACUCGGAUCUGUACCGCUGCAGAGCUGUGAAUGCCUACGGAGAAGCCACAUGCUCAGUGAGGCUCACCGUCAUCGAAGUGGGUUUUCGGAAGAACCGAAAAAGGCAAAAGGAACCUCAGGAGGACCUCAAGCAAGAGCUGGUAGACUUUCGGAAGAUGCUGAAAAAAAGGACUCCACCUCCAGCCCCUGAUAAAAAGAUGGAGUCUGCGCAGGUGUGGCAGCUGCUCAUGACCGCAGACCGUAAGGACUAUGAGAAGAUCUGUAUGCAGUACGGCAUCGUCGACUUCCGCGGCAUGCUGCGCAAGCUUCAGGAGAUGAAGAAGGAACAGGAAGACAGAAUGGCACAGUAUGUCCAUGCCAUUGCCAACUUGAGACACAUCAGGGUCACCAAGGAAGGGAUCGCCACGUUUGACCUGGAGCUGGAUCUCAAGGACUUUGGGAGCAAGAUUUACCUGUACAAGGAUGGCGAGAUGAUUCCCUAUGGCUUUGGUAACCAGACCAAGCACUGUCUGAGACGACUGGGGAAACGCUACCACUUCCAGAUCCAGGACCUGCGGCCCGAGGAUGCUGGCCUUUACCAGGUCAUGGUGGAGGAUGCUGUGGUCUUCUCCACAGAGCUAAAGGCUAGCACCAUUCCCCCGAGAGUGGUGGUCCCGUUGGCAGAGACCCGCUGUGAGGAACAGGGUGAUGCCAUCUUUGAAUGUACACUCUCCAACCCUUGUCCCAAUGCUGCCUGGCAUUUCCAGCACCGAACACUGAGGCUCAGUGACAGAUAUGAAGUCUCUGUGUCCCCUGAUGGGCUAACCCACCGGCUGGUUGUGAAGGGGGCCAAUUGCUCAGAUAUGGGCCUCUACUCGUUGAACACAGGACUCCACACCUCCAGCGCCUGGCUGGUGGUUGAAGGUGGGAAGGAGAAAGGUCCUCAGACCACAGAUACUGACCACCGACUGCAAACUCCAGAAGCUCUGGCCUCAGAAGCAGAAGACUCUGGGGGCAUCAGCAACAAGGGAGGGCAAUCCAGAGAGCUGUGCUCCCUCAAGGAGACUAGUGGGGCACAGCUCACUGCAGGCCCAGAUAGGGGUGCCUUUGACAAGCAGGACUGUUCUUUGGUGGGAGGUGAAGGAUUAGCUAAUUCAGCCUGGGGCCCUGGCCAGAACACAAAAGGCUUUCUGGAAAGAGAGCCAGGCAGGGUCGCUUUUCCUGGGGACAGUCAGUACCACAGAGAGGGAGACUGUGGUAGACGCCCCCCUGGAAGGGGAGGGGACCCAGAAUCGGGUGUGGGCUUUGUGGAAAGACAACAAGAUCAUGGCAGAAGUGACAAUGGGAACAGCAGGUGGGGGACAGCGGGAGGUUGGGAGGCUGGCUCCAGUCACCCUCAGGAUGGGAGGCUUGAGAGCAACAGAAAAGGAAGCAAGCCCAGAGAGGGCUCCGGCAGUGAACUGGACAGACCUGGCCAGGGACAGCUCAGUGACCCUCACGUGGGAGCUGGGGCAGGCCAGAGGGUGUUGUGGGGAUCCCACUCUGAUGCUGAGGGCUUUCCACUGAAAAAGGAAGGGACAAAAAUGUGGGGUGAUCAUAUGGAUGAGAUGGAAGGAAGGGGUUACCUGAGCAGAGAGAGAGGAGCAGAGGCAGGAUGGACUAGCGGGGCCUGCCUGGGGGACAUGAGAAGCAAUAGGCCAGGAAGUUCUUGCAACCCUGAGUUUCUUAGAGGAAAAGGUCACAGCCCCGAGGUUGGCAUGGACCAUGAGUGCUGGGGCAUUCAGGCAGGUGGAGAUACCAGCCAUGGAGUAGCUGGGGUGUACUGGGAGGCUGAUGGGUAUCCAGGACAGACAUCGGCUGGCAAUGACACCCAGAAACCAUCACUAUCUGGAGGCAGGAAACUUCUGGGGUGCAGGAGUGGUGAGGCCAAGGCUGAGGGCUCUUUGCAAGGGACAGGCUGUCUUGGUGUUGUGGAGAGGGGCUAUGAGACUGUCCCUGAGGGUCUAGAAGAUCCCAGGGACUGGAGAGGUGGCCUCCAAGAGCUCCAGGGAAGGGAUGGUCAAGGCACAGCUGGAGCCUUGGGCAGGACAGAGGAAGGCUCCGGAAAUCUCCAGUUUCCUCAGGACUGGACAGUGGGUCAGAGGGACGCAGGGGAUCCAGGCAGAACGGAGUGUGAAAAGGUGGGUCCUCAGGGUGACAUGUGGUCUAAUCUCAGAAGAACUGGGGCCCACUUUGGGUCUGGAGUGCUGGGGCCCGGUGGGAAGGAAGGGAGCAUGGAUGGUUCCCAAGUAGCUGGACUGAUGGUGUCUAGUCAGAAGGUAGAUGCCAGAAACCGCAGGCUUGUUACAUCUCCAGGCCUGGGUGUUCAGGGCUCUGGGGGAACAAUGGGAGAUGUGGAAGGAUUAGGAGACCCAGGGGCAGUAGGAUCCAAACCAGAUUUCUGGAAUAGGUCAGAGGGAUCCAGAGAAAAAGGGCCCAGAGGAGGGAUGGACUGCAAGGGUGGCUUAGGCGGUCCAGGAUGGGCGGAGUCUAGGUACGAGGAUGGUUCCAGGUGCUCUGAAGGCAUGGGUUCUAAGAAUGGGGCUGCCUAUCGUGACGGUUCAGGCAUGCUAGACGGAACAGGAGCUGGCCUUGGCACUGAUGGCCGAGCUACCUGUGAGGCACCUGUGGAGACAGAGCCGGGGGAAUGGGGUACUCACAGGCGUGUUUCGGGGGUGUCUAGGGGACUGUGGUCUGGAAAGAAAGAUCAGUGUAGUCCUGUAGGAAAGAUGUCUGGGAGAGACGCCAGCCUCAGAAAUGGCUCAGGUGGCCUUCGUGGAGCUCAGCACUGGGACGUAUUUCAAGGUCAGGGUCAAGCAGGCCCUGGUGGAGAACACUGCUUGGAUGAUGGUGUGAAGGCCCUUGGGGCAGUGGGGUCUGUGGGUGGGGAUGGUGUGAAGGCCCUUGGGGCAGUGGGAAAUGUUGGGGGCAGACACUUGGAAGAAGAACCAGGGGACUCUGAAAGAAUACAUUCUUGGGGUCACCCUGUUGGUUAUGAGGGCUUCAGAGUCCUGGGGGCAUCUAGAGAAGGAGACUUUGAAGAUGGCACUGUGGUUCCAUUACCCAUGGAACUAGGAUCUCUGGGGAGAGGAGACAAGGAAGGAGAUGGGGAAAGGAUCAGGUUCCUUGGUGCCAGGACCUCUGGAGCUGGGAUUGGGAAUUUGGACAAAGCCAGGCACCCUGAGGCACUAUCUCCUCGGGCUGAGGCUGGCUCUGAAGGCCACUGGGCUCACGUGCUUGGCAAUGCAUUUGGUUACAAGGAUGAAUUGGGAAUUCCAGAGCCUUGGGGAAAUGGGGACAGAAUAGCUUAUGGAGAUGGGUCAAGGGGUCUUGGUCCUGGGAGAGCAGGGCUAGAUGGUGGGGCCAUAUUUAGAGAUGACUCAGAAGGCCUCCGAGGAAUGGGACCAGCAGGUGGAGCCAGUUGUAAAAAUGCAGCUGGGGGCUCUGGAGCCAUGGGAUCAGGGUGCCAGGUAGAUUAUAAGAACGAUAUUGGGUGUUCUGGAGUUGCUGGGUCAGGGAGUGAGGCAGGUUAUAAGAAUGACUUCCCGGGUCAUAGGACCAGGGAACUCGGGAGUAUAGCAUGUCAUAAGAAUGAUUUAGGAGUUUCUGAAAUUAUUUCAUUAAGGGAUGCAGCCAGUUGUCGAGGUGGUUCAGAACAUUCUGGAGGGAUUUUGUCAUGGAAUGAAGCAGAUUUAAAGGGUGGUUUGAGGGAAACAGGAAGAACGGAAUCCAAGAAUGAGGUUGGCUAUAGGGGAAGCUCAGUGGGGCCUGGGACGAAGUCAGAGAGUAAAAUGCACUAUGCAGAUGGUUCAGAAAGGCAUGGAGGAACAGGCUCACUGGCUGCACCCAGAGAAUGUGAAUCCAUAGGUCUUGGGUCAGGAUUUGGGGUAGCAGAAGAGGUAGGCAUGAGCUCCAAGGAUGAAGCAGAAAAGGGCAGGGGAAUGGGGCUUGCAGAUGAGACAAGGCCUGGGGUAGGCUCUGGAAUGACUGGGGUGCUGGGUACUACAGGUGGCAUCGCACACAGGGACAGUGCUAUGGGCCAUGAGAAGCUGGGGACACCAGGGAGGUCAUGUGUCUUUUCAGGUGGGCAGAGUAUCAAGAACAGUCUUGGGGGCUGUGAACGCUCAGGAAUCCCUGAAGACUUGGGUGCUAUUGGUUCUAUGGGGAAAUCAAGUAUCAGGGAAUGGAAAGAUGGUUCUGUGUUUCCAGGGUCUCCUAGAAACAAUGGGACUCCCAGUGAGGAGGGAGGAUCUGUCGACCAAGCAGGAGCUGUGGAGACUCCUAGGAGAGGUGGAGGGACAGUGGGGGAUGAGGGUGGGUCCGAGGUAGCUACUCUGGAGUCAGGAAAUGAUUCAGACUUUAGUAAAUUAGGCUUGUGGAUAACAGGCAGGUGUAGGGUUGCUGGCCAGGGGGAAGCAACACCUCAGGCUUGUGGAGACUCCCUGAAAAGCAGGAGGAGGGGAACCAGUUCUCAGGGCUUGUCAGGGCCAGGUCAGGUGAUAGACAACAGCUCUGCUCCUGGGAGAGAGACCAAGUCAAUGCUGGGACCUGACAGUGGGCAAGAUAUGGGCCACAUUCAGGCUCUAGGCUGGGAAGACCAGGUUCAAGGCAGCUUCGGGACUUUUAGCUCACUGGGGGAGAAUUACACCAUUUCCAGGCAAACCCAGGAGGAGCAAGGAGCCUCUAAGGGCAGGGGAUAUGCAACAGGCCAGGAGGCUGCUGCUGGAUGUGAAGGUCCAUGCUCUUUGGAGAGCAGAGGCUUGGGUUAUAGAAGGGGCAGGGUUGCUUUGACAGAGGACUCAAGUGUCCUAGGCGGAAGAAAUUCUGCUAUGGGUGGAGAUGGUGUCAUUUCAACAACCCAGGGGCCCCAGGAUGAACUGGAUAGUCCACUAGGCAGAAGGGACUACAGAAGUGUAUCAAGAGGAAUCCAGGAGCCAGGUUGUCAACUAGCAACAGGGAAGGGAGAUGGACGAGGGUCCCUCCAGGAGUGGGGGUCCUGGGCGGCUAAGACUGGCAAAGUCCAAGGAUCCAGGACCUCAAAGAAGUAUGACGGGCAUGGGGGGAAAGGCCCUGGUGGGUUAGGCAGGAAGUCUGGUCCCUGUGGAAGCAGGUAUCAGGCACAGUUUGGAACUGAAGUUGAAUCAGCCAAGAGAGGGGCUAUAGAGAGGGAAAGAGGCCUGGAGCAUUGGACUAGUAUGGAGGACAGAGGAUCUCUGGGAGAAUCUUGGAGUGAAGAUGGGAGGCCAGACCCCCACAGGCAUCUUGGCAGCAGGAGAGAUACCCAAGAAGGCAGGUCGGAUGUCUGUGUCCAGGGACAAGAUGCUACCCAGAGCCCCAGAUCCAGAUACAAGGCUGGCCCUGGCUCUUCUACAGAGGCCCGAGACUCCAUGGACCACUUCUCUCAGGGUCUGGUUGACACAGAGGUACAACUGGGGGAAGCUGCCAUACUUUCCUGUACCCUCACCAGUGACCUGGGACCUGGCACCUGGUUCAAGGAUGGAGUCAAGCUCCCUGCCGGCGAUGGGGUCGAGUUUGAGCAAGAUGGGCUCACACACAGGCUGAUCCUCACCCACGUGGAGGGGACCCAGGCUGGGAGAUACACUUUUGUGGCCGGCAGACAGCGCACCGAGGCCAGCCUGGUUGUGCAGGAUCCCCCCACCAUUGCCCCAGAUGUGACAGAGACACUGAGAGAGCCCCUGGUGUUCAAGGCUGGGAAGCCAGUGGUUGUGAAGAUCCCUUUCCAGAGCCACCUCCCUGUUCGGGCUGUGUGGAGGAAGGAUGGGGACGAGGUGGUGGGCAGCAACCGCAGGGGCGUCCAGGUGGCUCUGGGGGACGGCUACACGCGACUGUGCCUCCCCAGUGCAAGCCGGAAGGACAGUGGUCUGUACAGCGUGACACUGAGCAGCAAGGGAGGCUGCGUGCAGGCUGAGUUCACCCUGCAAGUUAUAGACAAGCCUCAGCCCCCGCAGGGACCCCUGGAGGUACAGGAUUGCCACAGAGCAGGCAUCUGUCUCCACUGGCGGCCCCCAAGGGAUGAUGGGGGCCAGGCCAUACAACACUACGUGGUGGAGAGGCAACAGGCUGGAAGGAGCACUUGGCUGAAGGUGGGCGAACCCCCACCGGACAGUACCAGCUUCACCGACACCAGCGUGGAGCAGGGCAAGAAGUAUGCCUUCCGUGUACGGACUGUGACGUCAGAGGGAGCCGGGGAUGCCCUGGAGUCUGAGGAGGUGUUGGUGGCUCCUGAGGCUCUCCCAGGGCCCCCAUCUGCUCCAGAUGUCUUGUCGGCCUCCAGCCAGAGCAUCACUCUAACGUGGGUGGCACCGCGGGGCCCUGGCAGUGCCCACAUCUUGGGCUACCUGGUUGAGAAACGCAAGAAGGGGAGCAACACCUGGAUGACUGUGAACGAACAACCUGUGGCUGAAAGGAGGUGCACUGUGGUGGAUCUGCGGCAGGGCUGCCAGUAUGAGUUCCGGGUUAGGGCUGUGGCUCCCUCAGGCUCCGGAGAGCCUGGGCCUCCAUCGGAUGCUGUGUUUGCGCGAGAUCCCAUGAGACCUCCAGGGCCUGUUCGGGAUCUCCGGGUUACAGACACAUCUAACACCAGCAUCACCCUGAGCUGGAUGAGGCCAGACACCCAGGAUGAUGAUGAAGCCCAGGGGUUUAUUGUGGAGCUGUGUGGCUCAGACAACCUUCAGUGGAGCCCAUGCCAUGUGGGCACUGUGCCAGGCACCAACUUUACAGUCAAGGGGCUACGGCCCCAAGAAGGCUACUUACUGCGGGUUACCGCAGUUAAUGAUGGGGGCCACGGGCAAGCCACUUGCCUGGAUUCAUUGGUUCAUGCCAUGCCUGCUGCUGUCUGUCCCAAGUUCCUCAUGGACUCCAGUACAAAGGAUACACUGACGGUCAGGGCUGGGGACAGCGUCCGCGUUCCUGUCUCCUUUGAAGCUGCCCCCAUGCCUGAGGUGACCUGGCUGAAGGAUGGCUUACCCUUGCCCAAAAGAAGUGUGACCACCGUGAAGGAUGGCCUUGCCCAACUUCUGAUUCCUGCCGCUAGCCUCUCGGACAGUGGCCAAUACACUGUGAUGCUCAGAAACCUACAGGGGAAGGAGGCUGCCUACAGCUUCUCCAUCAGUGUGGCAGCAUGCCCACAGGCACCGGGACCCGUCUCCCUGCAGGAGAAUGUGCCUGGGACAGUGACGGUCCAAUGGGAACCGUCUCCGGAUGAGGCUCAGGGCAUCCCCUUGUACUAUACAGUGCUGAUGCGCUCCUCGGCUCACGGAUCCUGGUGUGAGGUGGCCAACCGUGUCCACACCAACCGCUUCACCCUCCUGGGGGUCCUCCCUGGCCAUGAGUACCACUUCCGGGUGCUGGCCAAGAAUGAGCUGGGGGCCAGCAAACCUUCAGACACCAGUCAACCCUGGUGUAUCCCCCGGCAGAGAGAGAAGUUCACAGUGAAGGCUCCAACAUACCGGGAACCCAACCUGAGCCAGAAGCCCCACUUCCUGGUGGGUCUGCGGGCUCACCUGCUGCCCCAGGGCUGUGAAUGUCGCAUGACGUGCGCCGUGCAGGGCUCGCCACGGCCCCGUGUCACCUGGUUCAAGAACAACCAAAGCUUGGACAGAAACCCCGCGCUGUACAGCACUGACAUGCUGGGUGUGUGCUCCCUCGUUAUCCCCAGUGUGUCCCUUAAGGACAGUGGCGAGUACAAGGCUGUGGCUGAGAACCCACUGGGUCAGGCUGUCAGCACAGCCACCCUCAUUGUGACAGAAUACAACUCCUAGCUCCACUUGACCUGGAAUCCUAGCUUUGCCCCACCCCACAGCCAUGAGAUGGAUGUCAGCUCUCUGAAGCUUUACUCCUGAUGCCCACACUGGCCUGGGGAGCCAGACCAGAAUGACA